AUGCGCGCAUCGCAGAGGGACACCGACACAAGUGCCGAGGAGAAGUCGUUCCUCGCCCGUCAGAUUUCGCUGAUCCGACUGACUCGCUACCAGGCAAAGUUUAUGUGCGAGGGCCUCGGCACAUUCAUUUUUUCGCUGACCAUCGCGCUGGCGGAGAUGAACUGCGGCAACCUCGCGAUAGAUGGCAAGGUCCACACGCGCAACCUCGCCCCUAUUGCAGGGGGGCUCAUGCUUUGCGUGCUUAUCUUCACGUUCGGCUACAUCUCUGGUGGCCAUUUUAAUCCGGCUGUCACCUUUGCUGUUGUCAUGAUUCGCGGCAUGCGAGUCGAAGAGGCGAUGUCGUAUUGGGUGGCUCAGGUGGUAGGCGCUUUGAUCGGUGCGGGGCUGAGUAUCCUUGUGAACGGUACAACGCGGCACUUUCCUGCGCCACAGGUGGCACAGAACACGGCUGAGCACAUCUUCAGCGCCUUUAUCGCGGAGGCUGUGUUCACAAUGUUGCUCGUGACAGUGGUACUGCACGUUGUCUACUCACAGCAACACAGAAAUGACUACUACGGCUUGGCGAUUGGGAUGUGCUUCCUUGCCUCGCAGUACGCCAUUGGCGGCGUGUCGGGUGGCGCCUUCAACCCAGCGGUCGCCACGGGUCUGCAGGUGGCCAAGUUCAUCGCGGCCGGCUACGUCACACAACUCACAUAUCUCUGGUUGUACUGGGCAGCGCCUGCCUGCGGCGCUGUUGGGGCGGCGUUUCUAUUUACGAUGACCCACCCCGUGCCGAAAGAUGACGAGGAAGAGGCACGGCAGCAGCGCGCAGCGCGCAAUCUCUACAGCGCUAGCUGA